AGGCCUGUGGCUCCGCGCCCAACAACCCCCACCCCGGCCCCCGCCCGCGGCGGAGCGGGUUGGGCGGCCGCCAUGCAGAUCUUCGUGCGCGACCUGGCGGGGCGUUCGUCGGCGCUGGAGGUCGAGCCAGACGCGGACGCAGUGGGCCUGAAGUCGCAGGUCUCGGCCCUCUGCGGGGUCCCCGCCGCCGAGCAGCGCCUGGUGUUCGCGGGCCGCGCGCUCACGGGCACGGAGGCCCUUCGCGAAUGCGGGCUCGGCGACGGGUCCACCGUGUUCCUGGGUCUGGAGCUGGACGGGGGCGGGAAGAAGCGCAAAAAGAAGACCUACACCAAGCCUAAGAAGAUCAAGCACAAGCGCAAGAAGGUCAAGCUGGCCGUGCUGAAGUUCUACAAGGUAGACUCCAGCGACAAGGUGUCUCGCCUGCGCCGGGAGUGCCCGCACGAGCUGUGCGGUCCAGGCGUGUUCAUGGCCAUGCAUUUCAACCGCUACUACUGCGGCAAGUGCCACCUCACCUACCUCAUCAAGAAGGGCGACGGCGACUGAUGAGAGUUUCCCUCAGAUCCGGGCGUCCUUCGUGAAGAAAACACACGGCACGACAGGACUUGAUUUGGUAAUCUAGCCAUGACGUGUCUACGACGUUGUGUUUUUUUCCGCGACGUCGGAUCCUGGGUCUAGGUGCGCCAGCAAAGCCAACGCAUGCGGCAUACCUCGUGCCCUUGUCAUUUUCUCGUUCGUAGGAUCUGGUUGGGCGCGGGACAGGGGCAGAGUUUUGUCAUGCGGGUUGUUUCAGGGCCUUGACGCGACCAUGGCGGCGGCGGCGGUGUCGCGCACCACCAAAAAGUGCCCGAUCAGAAGCGAACGGGCACGCCCUCCCUCCCUCGCAGGCGCACGCAUCUAAGCGAGAAGCGCGCUUCGCGAAAUU